GUGGCCGAGGCCUGGGGAUAAAGCCGAUUGGUGUGUAAGCAAAAUCUGUCACUGGCUUUGGUGAUUCGAAAGGCAGACACAUUUUUUUCAUCCCUGUUAAGCCUCAUCUGAUACAGGGGAUUUUCCUGCCAUUAAAUCUGGAGUAAGAAAAAUAAGCGCUCGAACCUGCACGAGCGACUAUUCCUCUUGCUCCCUGUACCCUGCCCCCAGCUCCCCUCCACACACCUUUCCUUCCCUGUUGGACCACUUGUAGUCUCUGUGGCUGCCUGACUUGGGAGAUGGAUGGCCUGAGACAACCGAGACAGGACCAGGCGGCCUCCCCGGAGGGUACAGAUGCCACAGCCGGGUGGCUCUAAGCCAGCAAGGCGCGUGACAGGCAGAGGGAUGCUGGUCCUGCUUCUGCAUGCGGUGUUCCUCGGCCUGCCCUGCGCCCGGGCCGCGGAGGCCUGUACUCGCGCCUGCCCCGCCGCCUGCACCUGCAGCAGCGUGGAGCGAGGUUGCGCCGUGCGCUGCGACCGCGCGGGCCUCCUGCGGGUGCCCGCCGAGUUCCCGUGCGAGGCGGCCUCCAUCGACCUGGACCGCAACGGCCUGCGCAUCCUGGGCGAGCGGGCCUUCGGCACGCUGCCGUCACUGCGCCGCCUGUCGCUGCGCCACAACAACCUGUCCUUCAUCACGCCUGGCGCCUUCAAGGGCCUGCCGCGCCUGGCCGAGCUGCGCCUGGCGCACAACGGCGACCUGCGCUACCUGCACGCGCGCACCUUCGCCGCGCUCGGCCGCCUGCGCCGCCUCGACCUGGCCGCCUGCCGCCUCUUCAGCGUGCCUGAGCGCCUCCUGGCCGAGCUGCCCGCCCUGCGCGAGCUCGCCGCCUUCGACAACCUGUUCCGCCGCGUGCCGGGCGCGCUGCGCGGCCUGGCCAACCUGACGCACGCGCACCUGGAGCGCGGCCGCAUCGAGGCGGUGGCCUCCAGCUCGCUGCUGGGCCUGCGGCGCCUGCGCUCGCUCAGCCUGCAGGCCAACCGCGUCCGCGCCGUGCACGCCGGCGCCUUCGGGGACUGCGGCGCGCUGGAGCACCUGCUUCUCAACGACAACCUGCUGGCCGCGCUGCCGGCCGACGCCUUCCGCGGCCUGCGCCGUCUGCGCACGCUCAACCUGGGUGGCAACGCGCUGGGCCUGGUGGCGCGCUCCUGGUUCGCCGACCUGGUCGAGCUUGAGCUGCUCUACCUGGACCGCAACAGCAUCGCCUUCGUGGAGGAGGGCGCCUUCCAGAACCUCUCGGGCCUCCUCGCCCUGCACCUCAAUGGCAACCGCCUCACCGUGCUCGCCUGGGCCGCCUUCCAGCCCGGCUUCUUCCUGGGCCGCCUCUUCCUCUUCCGCAACCCGUGGCGCUGCGACUGCCACCUGGAGUGGCUGCGGGACUGGAUGGAGGGCGCAGGGCGCGUCACCGAUGUACCGUGCGCGUCCCCGGGCUCCGUGGCCGGCCUAGACCUCAGCCAGGUGGCCUUCGGCCGCUCCUCCGAUGGCCUUUGUGUGGACCCCGAGGAGCUGAACCUCACCGCGUCCAGCCCGGGCCCGUCCCCAGAGCCAGUGGCUGCCACCGUGAGCAGGUUCAGCAGCCUCCUCUCCAAGCUGCUGGCCCCGAAAGGCCCAGUGGAGGAGGUGGCCAACACCACGGGGGGUCUGGUCAAUGCCUCCGUGCCUGACAACCUUCCCUCCCGCGGGGUGGCAGGCUCGGGCUGCGGGACCACCUUUCUCCUCGCCUCCUGUCUCCUGCUCGCCGCGGCCCAGCACUCCGUGUGUGACUUGCAGAGGAACUGAACCUGCUUCGUUGGGAUGUCCCAAACUGCUUUGGCCAAAGGGGGAAAGUUUGCUUAUCUGGGCUUGGGGGUGUUUUGAUUGAGGGGAGAGGGGACAGGGUGGAAGCCCAUGGUGAAAUUUUGGAUGCAAGGUGGAAGGUAUGAUUUAGUUCCGGAGACGGCCCCCAGGCUGAGGACGGAACGGGGAGCUUACAGAUGUCUGCUUUUGUCACAUGGAUGCCCAUUGGGAAGGAGUAAGAAUGAAUGUGCGCCCCCAAGUGGGAAGAUUAGGAAUUGGAAGCUCCUAGGGCUCCGCCCCCACCCCUUCCCCCACCUUCCAGGCAGCAGUGCCCGCACUGCCUGCAUUAGACAGUCGAAUCAUUGGCCAAGUACUAAGAACUGUGCCAAUUCUCCAGGUGGGGUAACCUAUUAAACCCAGCCCUUUUGUUGUCUACCACAAUCUUCCCCCACUGCCAAACCACCCAGGGGCUGGGAGACACCAGGGUUCAGGAAGAUGGACAGGACAAGAAGGAAGGGAGAUGGGAGAAGGUGGUGAUUCCUGGAUUAGGAGGUGUUUAAAACAAAGAUCCAUUGCAUUUACUCCACAACUAUUCUCAGGGGGCCGUCUGAGCCAGAAAAAGUUUGGGUCAGAGUAGGGAAAAAGGGGGCAGUGGGGUGUGUUUAUGGACAAAUAAAUAUGUAAAACCCUAAAGUUAGAAAACAAAUGGUAAGCGGAUUUCUCUACCGAGGGACUUUGCAGUCUUUCAUAUGCUAACGCGCAUUGUGAAGCUCCCCGGAAGCCGCACAAUCCUCUCUGCUUAGCGUUUUCUGGGCAGGCUGCUGAGAAGACGCGGAGGUGCUGCGUCUGGGGACUGGGACUCUCAGCUCCCGCGAUGAUUCCAGUAGUUGUAGGAAUUAUUAUGGGCUGCACACUUUGGGACUCACAGCCAAGAGGAAUGCAGGCAGCCCGGAGCUGGGAAGGAGGAUUUGGAAAUUUCUCAGGCUGGGAGCCGGCCAGCUAUGUAAACCAGAGGGCGCCACGGCCCCUGGGUGUGCUGUUCUGAGGGCACGGUUGCCAAAUCCCACCCCAAGGGCCCUAACAGGCCAGUUUUUUCCUCAAGAUUGCAGUGGAAAUGGACAGAGACUGACUGUUCUGUUGACCUCAGGAUCAGCAGCUCUUUCAGCAAGGGUAGGCUUUGCAAGGCUGUGUCUUCCUUUUUUUUUUUUUCCCUGUAAGAUGGAUUUUUAUUUAUUUGAAAGGCAGAGUUACAGAGCCGAAAGCUGGCUCUGCUGUGCUUCCUGCCCAUCUCUGUGGUCAGCAGCUGAUCCAUCCUGAGCUGGUCACAAGAGGCUCAGGUUCCUGGCGGACUGUGGGAUGGUUAAAUCAACGGAAGUGCUGUACGUUUGCACUGAUGGCUGCAUUCGAGAAUAUUCUGAAACUCGUCAUCUUCUUGAUGUCCUGAGUUUUUCUCUGUGUAUUUGAAGAGGUGGGUUUUCAAAGCCCCAAGGAUUCAGGGUGCCCCAGCCUGUCAGUUCUUCCUGGUGACUGUACUUCUACGUCUUAUUAGCGGUGGUGCAGAAAGAACUGCCUGCGCCAGGAGAGUUGACAUGGGCCUUGCCCCUUAGUGCUCUUCAAGUCAAUUGAACGGGUCAUGAGCAGCAUUUAAAAAAAACAAAAA